AUGAGCUAUUUCGAGCGCUUGAACAUGCUUUUUGACGGGGAGGAUGCCGGCCUGCUGGGGAUAGACGUCGGCCUGCGUGAGACGAGGAUUGAUACUCAGGAUCAGUCUGGCCAGAACCAGGGCGAGGCCGCAGAUUUGCCCCUGCUGGAUGUCAUAGAGGUCGAAGUUGCCAACCCUGGGGACAAGCAAGCUGAGGCCUCGCCAGAUAACGCCACCGGGAUCCAGCCUGCGGAGCCGGAGAUGGAGACAGAAGCGUCCAAGGAAGAUAUCCCUGUCACAGAUGGCAAGCCACGCCCUGGAGAGACUGCCUACUUCUGCUCCAUUGACGUCCUGUCCACGGCACACAAGUACAUCGGGGGAAAAUUCCUGCGGCCGGCUGUUGACAGAUUCUACAACAAAGGGAAGUUCUGGGAGCGGACAUGGGACUUGUACUAUGUUCGCGUGCCAAAACACAUCUUAUGCGUACCUUUACUUUUUACCCCAAUAUCGCAGGCCCAGGCGCUUAUCGAUGAAAUUAACGCAGAAUUUGGCAGCGAUAUCAGCCUCCCGCUUGAGGAAGAAGCAGGGUUGGUCGUUCCAUUUACCCCUGACGGGACCCCCCAGCCGGAGUACAUGGGAACUUCUACCAACAACGACAUAAGAGGCCAACUGCAGAAUAGGGCUAACGCAUGGUGCCAUGAGAAUCCUAUCGAGUGGCCGGAAGAAGGGAACGAACCUUAUGCACGAUUCCGCAGAAGAAUAAAGAUAGUGUGUGAUGUCAAGUACAACAAGCACAGGGCGACGGUCGGCGACGAUAAAUAUGUGAAGAAAGUCCGCCGCUGGCACCGUCAGCUAAAGCGAACUCAGUGCUAUCUGGGGCUGCGUCCUCGAAUUGCUCGACGUGCUUCCAAGAAGACCCAGAUUGCUGACGAUGCCACUUCUACACCCGCUACGCCAGCAGUGGAACAACAGCAGCAGCAGCAGCAGCAACAAGGGCAGACUAAUGGGACUGCUACUGUUCCAAUUGGAACUGUUCUGGACCCGCUCGAUGUCGAAAGCCCAGCUCCCUUUGCGUUUGCAGACGAGCCCAUCUUCAUCUGUAUCGACCUUGAGUCCAAUGAACGCAACCAUUCCCAGGUCACCGAGGUUGGAGUGUCUACUUUGGAUACCCUGGACUUGGUGGGAGUUCCACCGGGAGAAGGAGGCCGUGACUGGACGAGCAAAAUUCGAUCCCGGCAUUUCCGCGUUUCUGAAUAUAAACACUUCAGAAAUAAGAAGUUUGUACAUGGUUGUCCUGAUGAUUUCGUUUUCGGGAGCAGCGAGUUCGUUCGUCGCGCAUAUCUUGCCCAAGUGGUUGAUGCAUGCUGCAAACCACCAUACUCUGGCCAUAUUGCCUUCAGCCAGCAACCGGUAAGUACCAUUGUUAAGCCUCACCAUCCUCCAGCAGUUUACUUACAUCUUUCACAGAAAGACAGCUCCCAGGAACGCAAACGUCAAUCUCAUCCUCGGCCCUCUAGAGGAAGACGCGGAAACCAGUCCCAAUCGCCAGAGGGGGGCGUCAGAUUGCCAUCCGAGCCCAGUAACUCCCCUAAGAAGAGCAGUAACUCUCCUAGGAAUAGAGGGCGGAGCAGACGGCGCAAGCAAUGGUCUCCCGCUCCCGGCACCGAGCCCAGCUCCUCUCGAUCCCCUGGCCAACAAGACCAACGACCUCCAGCUCGGACUCCAAGCCCAACCAUACCAGAGUAUAAGAUGAGACCACGCAAGCUCAUCCUGAUCGGCCACGGCUUGACCGGCGAUAUCAAAAACCUGUGCAACGUAGGCUGUGAAUUCUUCGACAUCGAAACGUACAGCGGCGAAGAAUUUUCGACACUAUCAAAAUUUCACGACGUAGCGGAUACAGCUAACGUCCACCGCAUAUUAAAACGUGAAUACGACACUCCCGGCCUGAGCUACAUCUUGAAGGACCUGGACAUCAUGCCCUGGCACCUCCACAACGCCGGCAACGAUGCACGCUACACCCUCGAGGCGUUGGUGGGUAUAGCCGUCCAGAUCACCAAAGCUGAAGCCAGGGCUGAGAGCGAGCGUGAUGCCAUCCGGUUUAGAGAAUAUCCAGACAUCGACAACCCUAACGUGAUGGUUUCACCUCGGUCAAGCGACGAGGAUCUGCACUGGCGCCGGGAAAUGGAGCGCAUAGCUAAAAAGCCGCGGCGCAAACGGCGCAAGGAGGACUCCGAAAUCGAGACUGAAUGCGACAUAUGGGAGGAGGGGAUGGGCUGGAAUGCGUUUCGGAAUCGGCACAAAGAUGACAUGGACGGCGGCCUGCCACCCGACGUGCACUACCCAGUUGUAUAA